AUGUCAUUCAGUCCGUAUGGUCCACAGCCAGUAUUAAUUCCCCCGCCGAGAGGGGCACCAGAAAACGCACUCAACAGGGUGCCUCAGAUCACAGAAUUUGGUAGAAUCGGCUUUAAGCAGGACGAGCUCUACUGGCCAUGGUUUCUUGACACCAGCAGCACUGGGGACAUAGCCGUGGCCGAUACCGACAACAACAGGAUCCAAGUGUUCAACACCCAUACCCACAGCGUCGUUUUCCCACCCUACGGGGUCCAGGGCCAAGGAACCAACAAGGGAGAGCUGCUUGCCCCAAGGAGUGUUAAAUACAGUCCCAUCCCCGAACUUCACUUCACCGUCGCAGACACUGGGAACAGGCGAGUAGUGCUUCUUCGUAUUAACUUUAAAAGCGGUUGCCUUGAAGAGGUAGGAGAAUUCGGUCGCACGAUAUUCCGAGAGCCAUCCGAUGUUUCUUGCGACUGGCGCACAGGAAACAUGUACGUCACAGACACUAGUCUGAACAAAGUGACAAUUCAUAACAAAUACGGAGAGCUCGUCAGCGAGCUCCGGCCUCAACCCCAGCGCCCAUUCUAUCAACCCAUGGGUGUUGCCGUAGAUGAAAACGGACGCGUUUUUGUCACAGAUAUGGGCAAUAACGCCGUGAAAAUUUUUGAUCGUAAUGGCGAUUUCAUUCAGGAGAUCGGUGGGCUAGGUACUGGGCUAGGACAAUUCAACCGCCCAAAAGGGAUUUGCAUCGACAGAAAGGGUUACAUAUACAUUGCCGAUGAGGGGAAUUCCCGUGUUCAAAUGUGGUCAUCCGAUCUCAAGUACAUGUCAGAGAUCAUCACAAGCACACCAAUGCCAAAGGGGGUUGCAGCCCAUAAUCAACUGUUCGUCACCACCGGCGAUCAGUACAACUUCGUGAAGGUGUAUAACAUGUGA